AUGAACGCGCGAGGAGCAACAUCGAGACGAGGUCGAUCGAAAGCGACGACGUUGUUUUCUCUGCUGAUCGCCUUCUUCGCGUGCGACUGUUUUUUCUCAAGAACGGGAAGCGGGAAGUUUUGGGCAGUCGAUGCCCAAUCUUACUAUCAACAACCGCUGAAUUAUUCGUUGCCGUUGUGCUCGAAUAGCGACUCUUCUUUGAGUUGCAAUAUCGCAGACCCGUGCGUGACGGCGACGGAUUUGGAGACGAGUGGCACGACGAAGGCUUCGAUCACGGACAUCGCGUACGAAGACGACGCCUCUGCGACGACGACGUUUGCCAUCGACGACCGAUUCGAGUCAGGGGAUGAGUUUUUCAACGACUUUCGAACGUAUUAUCGAUUACAAGACGAGACUUUGGAAAAGGUUGCGUUUGAAUCGUGUCCGAUUGACACGGACGAUAAGUUUAAAGAAGCAAUCGACGAGUGUUUGAGCGCUUCGUACCCGGCCAUUACGGGCGAAUUACGGCCAUUGGACAUUACGGGCGAUUGCUCCAUGACAAAAUGGGGGUCGAUGAAGGAUUGGGACACGAGCGCGAUUAAAAACAUGGCGCAAAGUUUCAAAGACAAGCCUUUUAACGGAAACAUCACGAAGUGGGACACCUCACAGGUUACGACCAUGGCGGAGAUGUUUGCCAGCACGACAAACUUCGAUCAAGAUAUUUCGAACUGGAACACCGGGCAAGUGACUUAUAUGCAAGAUAUGUUUAGGUUCGCCUCCCAGUUUGAUCAAGGCAUUGACGGUUGGAAUGUGGGGAAGGUUACAAAUAUGAACGGUAUGUUUGAAGGCGCGACUUCGUUCGUGCAAGAUAUUACCAGGUGGGAACCGGGAUCUGGCUGUACGUUUGAAGAUAUGUUUAGAGACGCUAAGUUUGCGGAUAAGUACGAGUGUACCGCGGAUGCGUGCGUACUGUGCGGUAAUACGUGUGGUCCACCGUCGUAUUGGGAGACAGAAGCUGGCGUGUGCACGUGCUCUUCGCUCACGUGCACGAAAGAUACGCUCACCGCGUUGGUUUCAGGCACAUCGUGCAAAGACGUCACCUCUGACGGAGUAUUGCAAGGAGGUUUGCAGAUUAUUUCUUCCUCGGAAACCCUCACUUCGCUGGAUUUAACCGGCGUGAAGACCAUCGAUGGGAAUUUUAUUGUCAACGGUCAAAGCGCGUUGGCAUCUUUCAGCGCUCCCAAUCUCGUCACGGUUGCCGGUGAUAUCAAAAUCGGUGGCGAGGGGACCGGCGAAGCGAACGCGAAUUUGACCUCGCUUUCUUUUCCAGAGUUGACGCAAGUUUCGAGCAAUUUUCAGGUAUCGUCGAACACAAAGUUGACGAGCUUGUCGUCGAGUAAACUCGAAACGAUCGGAGGAGAGUUGAAGAUUGAUUCGUGCCCUAUUUUGACGACGAUUGAUUUACCACUGUUAGAAACCAGUGACGGCAUAUACGUGUCUUCAAACGCCGCGCUCGCGCAAUUUAAUUUGCCAAAGUUAACUUUGAACACGGCGAGGUUAAUCGUUGACGGAAACAAAGCUUUGACCGCCAUUUCUCUCGAUGCGUUGACGCGAUCGAUUGGUUCCGACGCUAACAAUAAAGGUUUGGAAAUAACUGAUAAUAAAAAAUUGGUUUCGAUCGGGUUGAGAAGUAUAGAAAGCUGCGAUUUCGACGACGGGGCGAUGUGUACGGGAGAGUAUGGAAUUGAUAUCAGCGACAACACGGACGUGACGAGCGGCCAGAGUUCGUCGUUGACUAUUCUCUUAGGUCCGCAAGUAAGUGGAUCGGGAAAUUCGUGGUACACCUCGGCUACUUUUGGAAAAGGUACGCCUAAAGUUGAAUACAGCUUCCCUCCCUCGCCGCUGCCGCCGCCGAGUCAGCCUUCGCCACCACCACCGCCUUCGCCACCACCAACAGCGUGCAUUUAUUCGUGGACGGAUUCAAUGGAUGGUUACGUCGAGAUUAUAUCGAUCGGUUCGUAUGUGACAGGACGAGUGGAGUAUGUUGCGUCGCGAAGCUCUCCGAUUUACAAGGAUUGCGAUAACGUGACGGUCGCGACGCAGCUCGUAUUUACAGGCGUAGAAGCCAUAUCUGGGAACAUCGAGUUUGAUUUUAAUUUCGGAAAGAAUAAAAAUGGUGAUCAAGCGAUUACGUCAGUCUCGUUCCCUGCUUUGAUUUCUGUUACAGGUGAAGUGAUAGUCAGGCGUUCGAGAGGAUUGACGUCAAUUUCUGUCCCGCUUUUGACCAACGCCACGAGUUUGGAUUUGGAAUCGAACGAAGCUUUGACAAGUUUCUCUGCGCCAGAAUUACUGUUCACUUUUGACACAAUUAAUGUGCGGAAUAAUUCGGCGUUGUCGACGGUUGAAUUUCCAAAACUUGGCGAAAUUGACGGCCAUGCGACUCUCGUCGGCGGUUUGUUGGUGUACAACAAUCCAAAGUUGACCAAGGUGGACGCGCCUCUCUUGACGCGAUGCGGGGAUGUUGUGAUUGGGUAUUACAUAAGUUACGAGUGCGCCGCAGGAGCAACCAGUUGUUACUCGGCGAAUAUAAAACAGGCUGAUUCGGUCUCGGGUCUUACCAUUAAUCUUCCCAAACUGGACGAAAUAAAUAAGCUCGGUAUCGGAACUGUCUUGGAUCCGUUUACGCUAACGUCCGCAGCGGUCGAAACUGGUUAUAUCACGCAAGCAGUAUUGACGGACGCACAGACCAUUGCUGCUGGAAGCGUGACCAAAAUUGCUUCGCUCGCGAUGGAAAAUCUCGCCGUUGUGCAUCACAUAUUGAGCUUUGAUUACACGCAAAUGAGUUCUGCGACGCAAUUUGUCGCCGCUACGGGAAGUUUGCGCGAAUUCGCGCCAAUGACUUCGAUCGUCGGAAACGAAGGCGAUGCAAAGGCGCUUUCCUUUGUGAACGCGACAUCGUUCUCCUCGCCGUCCGUGGAACAAGCGUUUGUUUACCGGGGCCAGGGGUAUUGCGUUGAAGAAAGUGGGGGGUUGGGGAUCUAUCUUGGACGUAGCAUACAGUCGACUGACCCCAAAUUUGCACUGGAUAUCUGUUUGAACUUGUGCGAGGAGUACGAGUGGUGCCUGGCAGCCGCUGCACAGGCGUCUAGUGGUUAUUGUGAACAUUACACGGACUGGAACACGUUUGUCAUUCAAGGUGGGAACACCAUCUUGGACAAAGACAUGGAAGAGAAUGGGAUCACCGUUAGUGGCGUUAGGUAUUACUUGGGCUGUGAGAAAACAGGGAGUAAUGCAUGCUCAGCUGAACGCGUGUGGGGCGCUGGAUCAGUUUCGAAUAUCGGUAGUGAGACUACUUGGCAUUGUUACAGUAAAUGGACCAUGCUCGAGAUGAUGCUGGACGAAUUACCGGACGAUGCGUGCGCCCAUUGCGCGAAGAAAGUUUCCAUUUCCAAAAAUCCUCAGUUGAGCAGCGUCAACUUUUUGACCUUUGAAAGCAAUCAAUUGACCGCGUCCAACUUUUCGAGUUUUGAAAUGCUCGAUAAUAACGCCGAUUUGGCCAUCAACGUGCCGUGCUCGGUGAAUCCGUUUUGGUCGUACCUGUGCUCAAACUGCGUUCAAAAACCAUCAACGUGGCAAAAUUUUGCUGAAAUUUCAAUGUGUCCGCCUUCGCCGCCGCCUUUGCCGCCGCCGGCGAGUUGUGUCGACGCUGGUAACUGUUCGCCGCCGCCUUCGCCUUCGCCGCCACCGCCGCCAUCGCCUCCAAGUCCGCCACCGCCAGCACCGCCGCCAUCACCGCCGCCAUCACCGCCGCCAUCACCGCCGCCAUCACCGCUGCCUUCUCCGCCGCCGCGCGAAUACGAGAGCUGCUCGAUUUAUGAAAUAUGGCAAGGUACCUAUGGUAACUGUACUUCGGCAAAUGAUUCUGAAUACGCGACGCUUGAAUCUGGAAGCACGUGUCUCCCGACGUGUAACGAGGGUUACGAUAUUACUUUGUAUAAGAAUUAUAACAAGGUCGCUUUGACUGAUAAUACCUUUUUCGAGGCUAUCGCGUCGUGUCUUCAGGAGGACCCCAUCUUUGGGCAGUGCUACUCGUAUGGCUACGACGAGGCUACCGGAUACGGAACGAUGCCCGACUGGGACGUCUCGAAAGUGACGAAUAUGAAGGAAGCGUUUUAUAAAGAAUACACGUGGCCGGAUGGAUUCGUUGGAAAUUUGUAUGAAAGUUUUAACGGCAACCUCAAAAAUUGGCAGGUAGACUCUGUGACGACCAUGGAGAGAAUGUUUUAUCAAUGUUCCGAGUUUGAUCAAGACAUAUCGUCAUGGUCAUGGGCCAUAUAUAACGUGAGAAAUAUGAUCGAAAUGUUCAAAAGUGCAACGCAGUUUAAAGGCGAUAUUUCGAGUUGGGUAAAUACGCAUGGCUCUCUCACGAAAACGAGCAUGUUUGUUGGUGCAACCAGAUUUAAGGCCCGAUGGAAGUGCGCUCUCCUUUCUGACGCUCCUACUUUUUCGAGCUGUACGGCGGUUAGUGAUACCUGGGUUAGUGCCCAACAGUUGGAUGAUGCUUCAAUCAGAUCGGCUGUCAAGUCGUGUCUCGAUGAAAGUCCAACUUCUGGAACGUGUUCUGGAACUCGUGGACCAAUGUCUACUUGGGACACUUCCAAAGUCUUAGACAUGUCCAAUCUUUUUGCCGGUUACGAGACAACUUUUAACGCCGAUCUCUCGAGUUGGGACGUGUCUUCGGUCACGUCAAUGGCUGGAAUUUUCAAAAACUGCGUGAAGUUCAACUCGGACAUUUCCGGAUGGAACACCGACAAUGUGCAAAUUGCGGACGAAAUGUUUGUCGGUGCCUCGAGCUUUAAUUAUACGAUAAGGCAUUGGUACGGAGUCACCAUCGCUUUGUGGAAUGCUAUUGAUUAUAAUAAUCAAAUUGAGUACACUGACGACGGGUCCCAUUUGUUUCUCGAAGGAAGUUUUUUUUAUCAAGCAACUGCUUUUCAGGCGAGUCAUAAUUGCUCCAGGUGGGGCAGCACGAUAGCAACUCCUAAUGAUUGUUACUCGAAUUAUGAGAUGUCUUAUAUUCGACGCAUUGAUCUCCUCCCGCAACCUACUUCGAUCACGUGCGACGAUGGACGUAAGAAUGCUGACGUGUACUGCCAAGCAAAAUCCUGUCCGAUACCAGAUGGAUUAAUGCCAACGAAUGGAAAUUCGUCCGGAACGUGCGAAUGGUAUAUGAACGACUAUGGUCUAUGCGGCUCUGAUGGCUGUUCUUGUGAGCCAACAUGUCUUCCGGGAUACAUUCUCGCGAGUGAGGACGGUACCAAAUACGAAGGGUACACGUGUAGGCUUGGCGUUCUCAGCGAGCCUGUUUGCAGAAGAGCCACGUUUGCAGAUACUGAUGAUGUCAAAAGGCAAGGCGAAAGUCAACUUGACUUCGUUUCGCGGGGUGACGAUGAAAAUAAAGAUUUUAAAGUAGCAGUGAAUGAUUGUCUUUCGGACGAUCCAGUCUACGGGAUUUGCUCCGAUUCUAUAUUCGGGCCAAUCAGCGAUUGGAAUACGUCGCUCGUCACCUCUAUGGAUUCAGCGUUCAAUGAGAAGACUCAAUUCAAUGGAAACAUCACGGGGUGGGACACGAGUUCUGUCAGGGAUAUGUCGAAUAUGUUUUUCAAAGCGAAAGCGUUUGAUCAAGAUAUCGGCAAUUGGAAGAAAAAAACCUCACAGGUAACAACCAUGGACUCGAUGUUUUAUGGCGCAGAGGCGUUCAACCGAGACAUCUCAGAAUGGAAUGUGGCCUCAGUCGUAAAAAUGAAUUUUAUGUUUUAUGACGCGAAAGCUUUCAGUCAAAGCUUAGAGACUUGGGCAGAAGAUGCUCUCACGGAUUCUAAUCAAAUUUUCGGUGGUGCUGACGCUUUUAAUAACUUAUAUGCGUGCACCCCGGAAGCCAACGGAUUGACGAAGCCUAGCAAGUGCAAGGCAAAGUCGCCGUCGCCGCCGCCACCGUCGCCACCGCCACCGUCGCCGCCGCCAUCACCGCCGCCAUCACCGCCGCCAUCACCGCCGCCAUCACCGCCGCCAUCGCCACCGUCGCCACCGUCGCCACCAUCGCCACCGCCGCUUGCGUGUGAGAUUUUGGGAAACUGCUCGCCGCCGCCGCCGAUGCCUCCGCCGAGUCCGCCGCCGGCACAAGCGGCAGUCGAGGCAAGUUUGCAAAUCACAGGCUACUCCAAAGUAGAAUUUGACGAAGAAAAACAGACUGCGUUCAAAAUUGGCAUGUCGGAAUAUCUAGGUGUAGGUUUUGGUGCUAUAUCGAUUACAUCCUUCACGGAUGUGACUGCUCGAAGAAAGCUUUCGGCAGUCGACUCUGUUUUGAAAGUCGAAUUUACCGUGGAAGCAACCACAAUAUCCGAUACGACAAAUAUCGAGACGAAAUUGAUUGUCACGGAUACAACGGAAAUGACGACUCAAUUAACUAGUGCUGGAUUAUCAAGCAUAUCUAAUAUCGUUGCACCGACCGCGGUCGCGGCUCUCGCGCCUCCACCCCCGCCAACCCCGCCGCCGCCGCCUGCUCCAGAUGUAACGAAGCCGAGGUUUUUAGCCACGCCGAAAGCGACGAACAUCCUCGGGUCGAGUUUUGAAAUUCAAUUUAAGUUGGACUCCGAUGUUGAUGUGCAUUGGCUCAUCAUUGAAGGAAAGACGAGCACGGUCAUGCAAAACAUCUUGACUCCUGCCAUGGUCAUUAAUUUUGACCCUGCGAAUGAAAAGUUCGCGGGCAUGACCAUCGCCGCCGCCGGCGUUGUCUCCGGCUUGGCAGCGAAUACGGUACACACGAUCAAAAGCAGCGAUGCGGUGACGUCGCAUACCAACAUCAAAGAUCCCGCGGGCUCAAUCGGGUUUACAGUUCAACCGAGUACGGAUUAUGCCAUAAUUUUGGUUGCCAAAGAGUUGAUCUCGCAAAAUACGCACGAAGAGUUUCAGCGUUACGCCUCUAGCUCUACUUUUGUAGUCGAUGAAAAGGCGAAGAUAUUUGAUGUCAGAACGUUGGGAUUUUCGAUAAAAGACGGCAAGUCGACCUUCACUCUGAGUGAAGAAGACGUAAACCUGAACUCCAACUAUAUCGUACAAGUCACAAAAGAUACUGAGUCUGGCGUUACUCUCGGGGCUCUGGAUUGUGUAAGUAUUCGUGUCACCGCGAGUAUGGAUGGACAGUUGGAGUUGAGUACUGCCUCCAACGUUGACUACGUGGAGAACGAAAUACUCAUUCCGGCUCAGUGUGGUGACUCAAUUAAGAUGGAAGUACACUUCAAACCAAAGCCAAAUGAAAUACUGGAUGGUGAUCGAACAAUUACUCUAACGCACAAGGUCGCAACGGCGACGGGGCAAUUCGCAAGCUUUGAUGGUGCCACACUUAAAGCGUUGGUAUCUGUCACUCUCACGGAUAACGACAAAGGUGCGUUGGAGCUCGACGCUACCUCUAAAGAAUUUAACGAAGGUUCUUCGCUUCCGUUGGAACUUUACCUUUCUGCCGCGCCACCUUCGGGAGACAAAAUUACCGUGUCUCUCGCGAAAGGGUCGCAAGACGAAGGCGUAGAGGUGUCUCCUUCAAAAGUAGUCUUUUGUUGUCUUGAAACAUCAACCUUAAUACCGUGUACUACAACUGCGGCCCAGAAAAACUGUUGCAUAUGCCAAAAGGUUAUUGAAACCGACGCAGAUGUCCUCGGGUAUUUGUGGAGCUACAAAGUUCCAAUUGCGUACACGUCGACGAAGGACGACGGCGAAGCCGCGGCGAACAAAAUUGUCUCGUUGACGGCGACUGCCGCGUCUGCUUUAACGGCAUAUAAUGGUGUAACGACUACAGUUGAGGGUAUUACAGUGAUGGAUAUUCAUAGCGCCGGCGCGCGAAUGAGCCCUGCGGAACUAGAGCUCACGGAAGGAGGUACGGAUGCAAAAGUUACGAUUGAAUUGACGAGUAAACCGAACGCGGGAGUCACUUUAAAAUUGGAGGACAGUUCGACAACAGAUUCGGCACUUCUCUCCUUUUCGCCCUCGACGGUUACGUUCUCUGCAACGUCAGCCACGGACUGGAAAACCCCAAAAGAAGUUCGUGUGACCUAUCCUCGAGACUACAAGGUCAAAGAUGUUACCAAGAAAAUCAACGUCAGACUAUCGGGCACGACUGCGGAUACCACGGGAUACGGCACCAAAGACGGCGUCGCAAUUUUAUUUCUGAGAGAAAAUCUUGUCACCGUAUCCGUUACUGAUGUCGACACAGCUGCAUUUGUUUUCACGCCAAGUGCAGGGACGUUCAAUGAAGAUGGUGGUAUUUUUUCUUACGCAGUCAAGCUUGCUACGAUUCCAGAUGGCGAUGUUACCGUGACGCCGCAAGCGGUAGGUAACCUUGAUAUCAACCCACCUUCCAUAACGUUGACUCCCGAAACUGCGCGGACGAACGCUCUUACCUUUCAAGUCAAGUCAAAGGAAAGAGACUACAUCGAUAUCGACGGAUCAUUAUCGUACGUUAUAAAGCAUCUCACUACCACUGAUGAUGAAGUCUAUGAGCGUACGAACUUAUUAAGCAGUACAACUCCCUCCAUUACGGUAACCGUAACCGACGCGGAUACUGCUGGUUUUACUUUUUCGAAAGCCAUCGCGGGUACCGCGAAUCUUGCGUUCGAUACGAUACAGGAAAGCACUCAGGAGACCUCGUACGUCUAUUGGCUGAGAUUAAAAACAAAGCCGGAAGAGGCGGUUACGUUUACCGUUACCGAAGAUUGUACAGAGGACCUAAGUCUAACCUACAGCAACUGCGGAAUUUUCACAAUACGUCUCGACGACUCGGUAACGACCACACACACGUUUGCGGCUAAGACUGACCACGUCACCACGGAAACUGCGUUGAAGGUCACCUUGACCAUUCCCGCGGAUACGCACGAAACAGGCCUUCACCCUCCUCCGCGAAGUUCAAAUUUAAAAAUAUCCGUCGCAUCCGGAGAUGCAAGGUAUGCUUCGUUGCCUCCGCAUACCCUAGCGUUGACCAUUAAGGACAAACUGUACGUGGAGAAAUUGGAAGAGCCUAUUGAUACUACUGCCGCGGCGACUGAAGAGACUACAGUAAAUAAUUCUGACGGCGUAGUUUUGGUGAAAAUUCCAGCCAACGCGAUACCUCAGGAAAUUUUAGAGCGGCCGGGUCUCAAAAUUGAUGUAGAAACGGCCAUUAUUGAAGCUGAAGAGGGAUCUAAUAUUUUAGCUAUCGAAGACGCGACAAAGUAUGAAACGAAAACGUCAAUCAUUGAAUAUAAGAUGACAUCAUCCGAUUCUACUGCCGAUCUCUCUGUUAGUUUCGCCUCCCCGGUUGAACUAACAAUUCCGCUCGAUUCUGUCGAUUGCUUGGCAGAGGGAGCGUAUUGCCAGUGCAUGCGUGCUGACUCUAAAGAUGCGACCUCUGAGUGGCAAAUAUUGGAUGGGAUCAGCACAUCGCAAGUGGUUGGAACCAACGAUGUUAUCGCUUCGUGUUUCACGAAUUCGUUUUCAUUGUAUACGGUUGCAGCUGUCAAACCGACUGUUACUAUCUCUGCGUACGGUGAAGCGAACGAUAUUACGUUUUAUGAGGAAAACUCCAAGGUCACGUUGACUCCAGUAACGAUUGCGAGCGUACUUACGCUCAGCGGGACUGCGUCAUUAGAUUCUAUUUCAGCCAAGAUUGUGACGAAUUAUUUUAGUCGACAAGAUUACUUAACUAUCAAGUGCACGCUGGUGGAUGGUGUGACGGACAAUUGGGCGCCGGCAUACUCGGAAGUGACUGCGGAGACGCAAUCGCGAACGUGUAGCUCCGGCGUAUAUAUCGAUAACACGAGGAACGCCAAUCUCAAAGCGACGUUUGAUAUAUCAAACGGGAUAUUGACAAUUUCUGGCGUUACUACGACGACGACAAUAUCGGUAGACGAAGCGCAAAAAAUGUUCCGGACAAUCCAGUAUGUAAACUCAGAGAAGGAUCCGUGGUACGGAACUCAGUACGUGAGGGACGUUACCUUCACGGUUUCAGAAAAGUACACCGGAUACACGACGACCAAUGUCGCUGGGACAGAUAGACACGCCAUUACCGUCGUGGGUUAUAAUAACGCACCUGUGAUGACUACGAGUACUUCCGAGAACAUAUACGUUGAACGAGCAAAUGCUAAAAAUGUCGCGCAAUUGCUGACCAUUGCGGAUGAUGAUUCGACGCAAAUCAGCAGCGCUAAAGUUACACUCUCACCCGCGGGUACCGAGGGCGAUGAAUUGAGUUAUUCAGGCGCAACCCUCAGUACAACUAUCCAAGGUUUGAUUCAGGCUGGGACGAUUACGUUUACCGGUAUUGAUACGAUCGCAAAUUAUCAACAAGCUCUCAGAGCGGUCACUUUCAAGAGUACGAGUUAUAAUCCGACAGUUUUGAGCAGAACGAUUACCUUUGAGGUUACCGACGUCCCGGGAGCCGGUCUCGUUGCACUAACGGCAUCGGCGACUCGAGCGUUGACAAUUCAAGUCGUCAACGAUCCCCCAGAAAUUCUUGGUUUGUCGCUCAACGCGGUACAAGUUCAACAAAUUCUUUUGAACGAGGAUGGUAACCAAGUGAGCGGCUAUCAAAUCCGAGUCGACGACAAAGAUAGCGACACUGAAAGCGAAAUUACGUAUGAAAUUAAUUGCGUCGCAAAUAAGGGUGAAGUAGAGUUGAACUCUACAACCGGGGCCGUAUCGUAUACGCCAAACGCAAACGCGAACGGCGAGGAUUCGUUUUUUGCCAUCGCCAAAGACAGCACCGGUCAAUCUUCUGUGCCUUUUCAGUUUAGCGUCUACAUUAACCCCUUAGCGGACGAUCCCGUUGCGGCUGACAAAUCGUACAAUUUCAGAGUCGAGUGGGAGCCAAAGGAGUUUGAUUUCCCGGUCAGUCAUCCCGACGCGAUUACAGAUGAAGAAUUCGCGAGCAUUAUUAGUUUCAUACGUCUGGACGGAGGAGCGCCGGUUGGUACCUUGACGUUUACGGAUGAAUCCGUGAGCGAACUCGGCGUUAAACAAGGUAAAUCGCCGUUCGCGUACAGCAUCUCUCAAAGCGAUUACGACGAAAGGGUCGUAAAUGCUGACGGCACCAGGGACGAAUCAUUCACCGAUACGUUCAGCUACAUCGUGGUCGACGCAAAUCAACGAACUGCGAAAGGAUCAAUAAGUAUUGUCGUGAAAUCAGAUGCAGACGAGGCGUCGACGCCUCCAGUUGUGUCGACUACUUCCUCGAAUUUCGAACUUGCGUACAACGUUGAAGAGAACAUUGCGUAUUCCGGUGUGUUUUACGCUAUAGAUUCGCAAACGCUGACGGAGGAUCUAGAAUUCUUGGCUGCACCUCCGCCAUCGAUUGGAAAUGUCUCUUUCUCCUCGGUUGUCUGUGGUGAGCUCACUUCGCCGCUCAAAACCGCCGGCGUCACCGUCUCGUGUCCGUGCAACCAAUACGAGGCGUGCGGUAAGUUUGUCUACACUCCAGACUCGCUGUACUACGGCUACGAUUCCUUUGAAUUAAAGGCCACGGAUACGAAUGGAGACGCUUCCCAAUCAAUGAAAGUAUACGUAUACAUCGAGCCGGUGAACAACCGACCGACUCUCGCGUGCGAAGCGCCGCGCACGAUGGAAAAUUUGGCAAUUUCCGGUACUUCUGCUACUUUGCUUCAGAUAUCUUCGUUUGCAUCGAGCCAUCCUCUGUGUAACGAUGUGAUUAUAGUUGGAGAUGUUGCGAUAGAUUCGCUGGAAGAUAUCCGAGUUCGUACGCGCGCGGCGUUGACCUACGAAGAUGGGGUGUUUGUCCCGGCUUCGUUGUCUCCUUUGUCGGGUCUGUUCGCAGAACUCUUGACGCUUUCAAACGCUCUCGAGACUCGAGCUGCCGGUGAAAUUCCUUUGAUGUUCGCUACUAAGCUCACACAUGAUUGGUACAUUCCCAUGGGAGGAGAAACGGCGCGUGCGGGCAUGGAAAUCUGCGCUGGGCUCGGGAACGACGCGACGUCGUGCGUCGCCAGCGCCGGAUGCCAGCUACUUUUGGGCGUUUGCGUUUCCGCUUCGUGGGGUUCUCCCGAUCACGUCGUUGAAGCCGCAAUCGCGCUCCUAUCUUAUGAUAUGGAUGAAGAGCGUGAUUUCAACAAGCAAGUAUCAGGAUCGCCCGUGGAACCCGCGAAGUCGAACGGGUUCUUGAGCGAACCGGUGCUUUUAGCGCCUCUAAACGACGGAGAGAUGGAUGACGACGUACAAAUUUUCGUUGCAAACACCGACGGUACAAAAGGCGCGAGGUUAACGUGGACAUCCAUUACGGAGGAAAAGACGGUUACCGGUGGUGUGAUCAUCGUUCAAAUGCCGAGUAAGCGGCGAGGAACCGUGGCGAUUCGGUGGAGAGCUACGGACGCGAUGGGUUUGAAGAGACCGGUAGCGCCUGAUUACGCCACCGUAAAUCUCAUCACGCGGUGUGCCCCAGGUCACAGAUAUAUGGAUUGGUGGUGGGAUACUUCUCGAUGCUUUGCCUGUUCUCCAGGGUGGUUCAAUCAAGUCGGUCAAUUCGACCAAACGUCCUGUAAAGAGUGUCCUCCGGGUGAAAUCACCGCGAAUGCCGCUCAAACGGAGUGCGCGAAAUGCCCGGCUGGAUCUUUUCAGCCCGGAUACGGAGAAUCUGAGUGUCUGCCCUGUUUCGACGGGGCAGGUUUAGCAAUUGAAACCGAGCAACUCGGUUCCUCAAGUUUGCAACAAUGCGUGUGCCCGGUUGGGUACUGGACGGACUACGCGGAGACGAGCGCGUCAGAGUUGUGGUCGAAAUACAAGGCAACCGAUCAGACGAAAUCCUAUUUUACCACGGAAACGUCGGGAACUUCCGCUUCGUAUGAGGAUGGUUCUCUCCACGUCGAUAUCGUGAGUCACACUGAGUUUGCGGACGUUGGUAACGAUGCCAUUGUUCCUCAAGACGGCGACGGAAACUACGUAAGCCUCAUGGAUCCUAACGGCGACGCCAUGAAGUGCGUCGGCCACGUCAAACAAACGUGCGCGGCGCUCAUCACCGCGGGACUUUCGGAAACCUCGCUCGGCAACGGUGUCUGUAACCCUGCUUUAAAUGUUCCAGAGUGUGGAUGGGAUUGCGGCGAUUGCUGUCGUCAGUCGUGUCUUCCCACGACCGUUCGAAGUAACCUCCCGGGUUGGUCCUCGAUCGCGGAGUGUAGCGACGGCGGUUAUUCGUGCAUCGAUCCUCGCUUCGCCGCCCCAGUAGCCUCGGUGUACAAAGCGAAUACAGAUGCGCCGUUCUGUAAAGCCUGCGCCGCCGGUGCAUCGUGCAACGAUUUAAAUCAGCAGUUUCCGUUACCGACUGCGGGCUGGUGGGUCGAUCCCACCGACGGGAGUCGCAUUUUACAAUGCAUAGAGCCGGCUGCUAUGGAAGCCUGCCCGGCGUUGACGAGCAUCGACGACGUCAGAAACGGGGUGUGCGGUAUUUCAAAAGAGAAUCAACUGUACAUGGGCGAAGCGUGUUCUGAAUGUUCAGACGGGAAAGCCACGCCUUACUUCACUCGCGUCAACGCGUUUCGCUCUAACGGGCGGUGCAAAAAAUGCCCGGAUGUCCCGUGGUUACCGUAUCUCUUUGGCGCACUUCUUUUGUUUGUCGCGCUCCCUCUUUUGAACCUGCUGUCAAAGAUGCAAGACGGUUUUGGUGCGGUGAAUAUCAUCGUAGGUUUUACGCAAGUCGUAUCCGUCUUUCGAAAGCUCGAGUUGGCUUGGCCUCAAGAAAUUUUGGAUCUUUUGAAUCUCAUGAGCGUCGUGAAUUUGAACUUGGAGUUGUUUUCGAUCGACUGUUUCGUCGUGUCUUGGAAUUGGACGAAGAAGUUUUUCUUGGUUAACAUUGGGCCACUCGUUCUCGGCUCCAUGUUUCUCGUGGUGACACUGAUCGUCACCUUACACAACAAAAUCUUUCUGCCGUACGUGUACGCGCCAAUUGGUCGAUGCUUUGGAGUUGUACUCGAAGAGGAUCAGGAUCCCACUCUGAAAAAUCCGAGCGUCGAGCGUCUCGACGGCAAAGAGAAGAAGAAAGCCACUACUGCCGACGAGAACGACGGAGAUGAAGAUGAAGAUGAUAUCAUCGGAGGAGAAGAAGAAGAAGAAGAAGGAGGAGGUCGACGACGUCGACGCGAGAAGAUUGGCAUGAAGAAGCGCUUCUUGACGGUAAAACCCCCAGACCAAACGGAAGUUUUUGCUCGGGCAAUGCACAGCGCCUUCCUCCUUUUUAUGAGUUGGUCGUACAUGCAGCUCGUAAACAUUAACGUUGAAUACUUCGAUUGCGUGGAAGGCGGGGAUGGUCGCUCGUCGCUCGAUGCCGAUCCAGCCGUGCAGUGCUACGUCGGCGUCCACGAACAAAUAUUUCCUCUGGUCGUUCUGUUCAUGAUAAUUUACACGCUCGGCAUUCCGUUCUACCUCUCCGUUCUCCUCUUUACGCAUCGACGUUUGUUGCGUAAACGCGACGUGAUUGACGUCCGCACUCGACCGUUAUCGGUUGCGGCUGGUCAGUUAUUAGAGGCUGAGCAACGCUUUGGUUUUGUAUUUCGAAGAUACGAGUCGUCUUACUCGUGGUGGGAAUUGGUAUACAUCUUUCGAAAGUUUGCCUUGGUCGUCACUCCGGUAUUUUUUCAAAACGUGCUCGAUCAGUGUCUCAUGACUAUGCUCGUGCUCGUUCCCGGGAUGCUCGGCGUCGUGCGCCUGCGACCGUACGAUAAAUCGAUGUUGGAUAUCAUGGAAUGGAUAGCGAGCACCGCCGCGUUCUUCAUCUUGUUCGCUGGGUUUCUGUUUUAUGGCUUUGGAGAGGAACUGUCGGACGUCUCUAUGGAUACUUUGACGUGGAUCACGGUGACGUUGCUCUCGAUCACGUACGUUACCCUCGUUAUUUUUGUCAUCUUUGACGUAUUCCCUCACUUGAACCUGGUCACGCUCAAAAUGAGAAACCGAAUACGCAAAAUAUUUGGAUACCCUCAAAUUGAGAAAAUGUCCCAGAAAGAGGUGAAUAUGAACCGCUCGAUGCGUCGAGAACGCGCGGGUAUUCUGCGUCGAUUGAAGGGCAACGCCGCGCUCAUUUUGGGCAAAAAUACAGCGGUAACGUUCCUGAAAGAGUGCAGAAGACUCCCACUCGAUCACAAGUACAUCGUCGACCCGAAACUCAAACAGAAAGAGUUGCCGACAUUGCUCGAGGUUUUGCAAGCGCUCGAAGAGUGCACCGUCGGUUUCCGCUUGGCUUCGGAUCGCGAAAUUUCAGAAAUUCUCGGCACUGAGGUUGAAGAAUUCGACUACUCUCAGAAGCUCGUCGGGACAUUUAUCGGAGAACUUCGCGACAUUUUCAACGCGUGGAGACUCGACAUUAUUCGCUUAAAGCAAAAUCUCCGUAAGUCUGCGGAAGGCGACCAGGACAAGGAGUACGUUCUCCAAAUACGACGUCGCGUCAUCUCCGACCGCCUCAAAAAAGGCUCCUUAACUCCUCCCGCGAUUGGCGAGGGAUGUCUAGAUCGAUACAACGAACGAUUCCUCUACGAUCAAUUCGUGUUGCGCUGCGAACGCGACUUAUUCCUCGAGAUGGUCAUCCUCUUUGAAUUCCUUCGACUCAAAGAAGCCGUCGCGCAGGAUCCAUUCUUUGAAACGCUCAUGGGAAGAAACAUGCUCCUCAACACAUCUCCCCUCCUCCUCUUUUCGCGAGAAGGCGCGAACGUAAACCCAUCGGAUGAAGUCGAGGCAAAAAUGCUCGCGCGCGGCGCUUUAUACUACGAUCAGCUGAAAUUCGCCUUCCGACAACGCGUCGGCGAAGGCGUCUUGGAUCUCAAAUCGUCGACCAAAUCGCCGCUCUCGCAUUUGAGUAACUUGAUGAUUGUUUAG